AUGACUUUCUCAGACGCUGAAAAGGCUGCAAUUGUCUCCAUCUGGGGAAAGGUAGACGGCCACGCUGAUGAGCUUGGAGCAGAGGCUUUGGAAAGGUAUGACUGACAUGAUAGUCUAUUAUAUAACAUUUUAUUGUGAAAUAUUUUCAUUUAUCAAUUGAAGUAAUAUUUUAUAACUUUCAUAUAUUAAGCCGGUAGUAUAGUUAAUCUAAACAUGUUAUUGCACGAGUCCUUAGUCAACGUUCUAUGAACUCUCUACACUGAAAUAUUUUACAUAAAUGCACAGGGAUAUUUACUAAACUGAGGAUAGUCCUUAAAUUUGAGAAUUGUCCUUAAAUUUGAAAUUCGUAUUGAAUUCCUGACAAUGUUUUACUUUAGUGAAUAAAAACCUGUUAAAGGGUUAUUUACUAAAGUGAGCAUUGAAAGUGAAUUCAAAAUGAAUGAGUAAUUGAACUAAAAACAUAGCUGACUUAAGAGAUGCUUCCAAUUUGACUAUUUUGACAAUAAAUUUAAAAAUCACUUUAAAUUCGCCUCAAAAUCUCACUUUAGUAAAUAAUCCUCUAUGUGUUUAUUCAGUAAAGCUGGAAUUUUAGAGAAUCUAUAAGGGAUUUACAGCUUUAAAUAGGCAAACUUUUUUUUUUUUAAUUCCUAACUCUGCUAAGUCGGUAAUUUGGCCUAAGUUCUACGACUCUCUUGUAAUUUUUUCACGAUUACAAAUGCAGUGAAUAAACCCCAAAGUGAUUCACUUUUGACUAAUGCUCUGAAGUUCUGAUGUGCAUUAGAAAUAGACAUACUAAUUGUACCAAAACCAUUGCAAGUUCAUUUAUCAAAACCAGGGGUCCUCAAACUUCGGCCCCCCAGAUGUUGCUGAACUACAACUCCCAUGAUUCUUUGAAUUACAUAUAUAGCCAGAGAAUCAUGGGAGUUGUAGUUCAGCAACAUCUGGGGGGUGAAGUUUGAGGACCCCUGAUCUAAACUAUAUUUUUACCUUAAUAAAUUGGGAUAAGUUGGGAUAACAUAGCAAUAUUUGGACUCACUUUUUCUUGCACGUGAAGUGGUUCAUUACAUACAUUACUUUCAGAUGUUCAUUUUAGGAAGACCAUAGAUUAUUUGUGAUGCGGUUAAAUAAAGUAUUUAUCAUUUUAAGAUCUAAUAACACCUAAAAGGUGUAAUAGUGCUGCCUGCCUUUUGCACGUGAAGCUGCAGUCAUUUUUUUUUUUGAAAAUUCUUUAUUUGUAAAGAUUUUGUUUUUUGGGGGAAGGGGUACAGAAAAAAAAAGUGGGGUUAAAGUUUGUGUUACAAUCUUUGUAUAACAGGCAUGUACUCAAAGCGACAGUCAAACAAUUUGAGCAGGAAUGCAGAUAUUACAUCUUUGGUUACAGCGUAUGUUGUUUGUAUAAGCUGCAGUCAUUUGAUAUAAAAAUGUAUAAUAAAUAUUGCCAAUGUGUCAAAUUAAAGUUUUUUUUCAACGCUGCUUUACAAGAUAUAUUAAAAAUUGUUAAUUUGUAUCAAAUGUUAGAGAGAUUUAUUUCCUUUGAGUAGUUUUACAGCUCUAUUAAGCGUUAUUGUUGUGGUCUGACUUGAUAGAAUUAAAUAAUAAUUGGUCUUAUCACAGCUACCCUUUUCCACAAUAGAAGCUGAGUAACAUAACAGAGGUUUUCAACUAGAAGGGUUUUUCACUAAAGUGAGACUUCUAAGUGAAUUUCUAAUUUAAGUCAGAGUAGCCAAACUGGAAGCAUACUUGACUUAGCGGAGGGAUGCCCAAACUGUAGACCCCAGAUGUUUUAAAACUACAGCUUCCAUGAUGCUUUGUCAUUCUAAAGUCAUGCUAAAGGCAUGCAAAGCAUCAUGGGCGUUGUAGUUCUACAGCAUCGAGGGAUCUACCUUUUGGGCAGCCCUGAUUAGAGAAUGUUUCAAUUUUAGUUAUUCUUACCUUAAAUUUGAAAUUCAUUUUGUAUCCUCUCUUUAGUGAAAUACCCUGUUAGUUAAUUUUAUCCAUAAUUUGACAUGUGUAUUCACUAAACAUUGAAAUGUGGUUACAAAAAUGUAGACUAAAGGAGUCAAGAUGAAUAAAGUAGGCGUCCUAGUUUUUACUGUUCAGUCUGUCAUUUCACCACAUUUAAUUUUUUGUGGAUUUAUUCAAUACAUUUUUAGUUGUGACCGAUUUACAAGGAUAUUACCAAGGCAUAAACAUCUGAAUUGGAUUUUCGUUUUCCAAUUAGGUUAAUUUAAUUCCCUUGUUAAUUCACUGUUUCAUAAAUGUUUGUACAUUAAAUUGUGGAUUGACAAGGGAAUUAAAAUGAUAACUGAUGUUAUAACCAGUUAUGCAAAUAACAUGUAGUAAUUUGCAACCCAUACUUAUGUUUCUCUUUUGAACAGGCUCUUUCUGAGCUUCCCUCAGACCAAGACCUACUUCAGCCAUUUUAACCUGAGCCAUGGUUCCCAGGAUCUCCGCACUCAUGGUGGAAAAGUUUUGAAUGCCAUUGGAGGUGCUGCCAGUCACUUGGAUGACCUUAGCGGUGCUCUGUCUGCCCUCAGUGACCUCCACGCUUACCAACUGAGAGUUGACCCUGGCAACUUCAGUGUAAGAACUUUUUGUUAUUUUUCCGCUUUACAAUAACAUAGGGUUAUCAACAAAAUGACUAAGAAUUAUAUAUAUAUGGGAGAUAUAUCAAAGUGUCCUGUUUUAAACAGUUGUACAAAUUAAAGGUGGAGAAAUCACCAGUGCUGAUUCUUCUGGCUUCCAUAAUUGGACCUACUUUAAAAAGACUCUCUGGACAUCAUAACGACUUCAUCAGAAUUAAGUUGUUGUGGUGCUAUGAGGUUCUUGGCGCUGUUUUACCUUUAGGGGCUAAACUCUUAACAAGAGGUUUAACCCAUAAGUGUUGAACCCAGUGCUGGCUAGAUCUGCCCCUCCUUUUUGCUGUUGUAUAAGACUUGAAUCAGGAAGCCUCAGACAGGGACGCCGCUCAGUGGUGUUACUACCGCUGGUGCACCCAGUGUGGCUGCACUGGGGCCCACAUGCUGAGGGAGCUAUAUGCUAGCUGCAUUUUAUAAUAUGCAAUUUGUAUUCCCCAUUAGUGUUAUUUUAUGUUCAUUGACUUGUCAUGUUAGUAGAGGCAGAAAGAUAUUUCAUGUAAGAAGCACAUUGAUAUAAUUGUCUCUAAACAUAUGUUAAUUGUAAAAAAAAAAAAUAGCUUCUCGAAGAUAAAAUCUAAUAUUGAAUACAAAUGAUUACAUAUUUUGUACAUCUAUCAUAAAUAACUAAAUAUAAUUCUAAUUUUGUUUUUCUUGUAGCUGCUGUCUCACUCCAUCCAGGUCACUCUGGCUGCUCAUUUUGGAGCUGAAUUCACUCCCACUGCCCAAUCAGCCUGGGACAAGUUCCUCGAUGCAGUUUCUGCUGUCCUGGUUUCUAAGUACAGAUAA